UGGAGCAAUCCAGCCGGGUGUAGGCCACAGCACGGCCGGCAGGAGCGGGAUCAUCACGGUCUACUCCGGCCUCGGCGGAUCUCCGGGGGCGGACAGUACUCCACCGAGUCUCCGAGUGAGCCUCUCCGGGGCGCAUCUGCUUCCCCGCGGCUCGCCAGGCUCGCCCUCGGCGCGCGCACACGCACGCGCGCACACGAGCACACAUCCACACGCACACUCAUCCACACACGUGUGGAAGGCAGGGCCGAGCCGCUCGGUCUUUGAACAUCUCAGUUAGAGCCGGGAGCAGCCCCAGCAGCCGCUCAGCGCUCCCCGCGGCCCUGCGCAACUCUUGCCAGACCCCGGACCUUCUCGUCUCUUGCCUUUUGGCUGGAGGAUCCGAAUUCAGACCCGCCACUCCGCACCGAGCCUGACACACUGAACUCCAUUUCUUUCUCUUAAGUUUAUUUCUACUUCAGAGCCACUUACCCCCUCCAUUCCAGGGGAAAAAACAAGCCUUUCUUACUCCUUAAAGUGAGAGAUCUCCCCCUCCCCCCCUUGAGCAUCGCAUAUUAAUAUCUCCACGUUGGGAACGCGUUGCAUUUUCUUUUUUAAAGGAAUCCCAGCCAGGGACGUUUUUCUAUUGGGCAUUGACUUUCGACUGCUUUGCAAAAGUUUCGUAUUAAAAAUAACUCUACCUGACUCGCUCUGAGAAUUAUUAGUUUCUUUUUACUUUAAACAACAGCAACAACGUUUCCACCUUUUAAAAACAUGCACUACUGUGUGCUGAGAACCUUUUUGCUCCUGCAUCUGGUCCCAGUGGCGCUCAGUCUGUCUACCUGCAGCACCCUCGACAUGGACCAGUUUAUGCGCAAGAGGAUCGAGGCCAUCCGCGGGCAGAUCCUAAGCAAGCUGAAGCUCACCAGCCCCCCGGAAGACUAUCCUGAGCCGGACGAGGUCCCCCCGGAGGUGAUUUCUAUUUACAACAGUACCAGAGACUUACUGCAGGAGAAGGCAAGCCGGCGGGCAGCCGCCUGCGAGCGGGAGCGGAGCGACGAGGAGUACUAUGCCAAGGAGGUUUAUAAAAUCGACAUGCCGUCCCACUUCCCCUCUGAAACUGUCUGCCCAGUGGUUACAACUCCCUCUGGCUCAGUGGGCAGCUUUUGCUCCAGACAGUCCCAGGUGCUCUGUGGGUACCUUGAUGCCAUCCCGCCCACUUUCUACAGACCCUAUUUCAGAAUUGUGCGCUUUGAUGUCUCAGCAAUGGAGAAGAACGCUUCGAACCUGGUGAAGGCUGAGUUCAGGGUGUUUCGCCUGCAGAACCCCAAAGCCAGAGUGGCUGAACAACGGAUCGAACUGUACCAGAUCCUCAAGUCCAAAGACUUAACAUCUCCAACCCAGCGCUACAUUGAUAGCAAGGUCGUGAAAACAAGAGCAGAGGGUGAAUGGCUCUCCUUCGAUGUGACUGGCGCCGUGCACGAGUGGCUUCACCACAAAGACAGGAACCUGGGAUUUAAAAUAAGUUUACACUGCCCCUGCUGUACCUUCGUACCGUCUAACAAUUACAUCAUCCCGAAUAAAAGCGAGGAGCUUGAGGCGAGAUUUGCAGGUAUCGAUGGCACCUCCAUGUAUGCCAGUGGUGAUCAGAAAACUAUAAAGUCCACUAGGAAAAAAAGCAGUGGGAAGACCCCACACCUCCUGCUGAUGCUGUUGCCGUCCUACAGACUGGAGUCGCAACAGUCCAACCGGCGGAAGAAGCGUGCUUUGGAUGCCGCCUAUUGCUUUAGAAAUGUGCAGGAUAAUUGCUGCCUACGCCCUCUUUACAUUGAUUUCAAGAGGGAUCUUGGAUGGAAAUGGAUCCAUGAACCGAAAGGGUACAAUGCCAACUUCUGUGCUGGGGCAUGCCCAUAUCUGUGGAGCUCAGACACUCAACACACCAGGGUCCUCAGCUUGUACAAUACCAUAAAUCCCGAAGCCUCGGCGUCCCCUUGCUGUGUGUCCCAGGAUCUGGAACCACUGACCAUCCUCUAUUACAUCGGCAAUACACCCAAGAUCGAACAACUUUCCAACAUGAUUGUCAAGUCUUGUAAAUGCAGCUAAGGCCCUCGGAGAAGCCACGGCAGGAAAAACACGGUGACAGCGACGCAUGACGAUGACAAUGAUGAUGAUGAUGACAUUUGUGACACGAGGGAGUUUUGAUUCAUCAGUGUUUUUUAAAAAAAAAAAAGGAGAAAAAGCGGUACUAGUUCAAACAUUUUGCAAGCUUGUGUUCUGUUUGUUAAAACUGGCAUCUGAGAUUGUAGCAUCAACAAAAAACAUGGGAAGGCUUUAGUCAGCAUUUCACCUACUUCAUGAGAGACACAAAAAGAAAACAUCUUUUUUUUUUU